CGCGGCGCCACUCACGUUCCCCGCCUCUCUUGCUGGCAGCGCUCUAUACCCCGUUUCCGGUGGUUGCCUCCUCCCCUGUGAGGGUGGUAGGCGGAAGUGCGCGACGCGGCCAUGGCGGCGGUGGAUAUCCGAGAUAAUCUCUUGGGAAUUUCCUGGGUUGACAGCUCCUGGAUUCCAAUACUAAACAAUGGGAGUGUGUUGGACUAUUUCUCAGAGCGAAGUAACCCAUUCUAUGACCGAACAUGUAACAAUGAAGUCGUCAAAAUGCAGCGGAUGACCUUGGAACAUUUGAACCAGAUGGUUGGAGUGGAAUACAUCCUCCUUCAUGCUCAAGAGCCCAUUCUCUUCAUUAUCCGGAAGCAGCAAAGGCAAUCUCCAACACAAGUUAUGCCGAUGGCUGACUACUAUAUUAUUGCUGGAGUGAUUUAUCAGGCACCUGACUUAGGGUCUGUCAUUAACUCCAGAGUUCUCACUGCAGUGCAUGGAAUUCAGUCUGCUUUUGAAGAAGCUAUGUCUUAUUGUCGCUAUCACCCAUCCAAGGGCUACUGGUGGCAUUUCAAAGAUCAAGAAGAACGAGAGAAAGCUAAACCAAAAGCCAAGAAGAAAGAAGAACCAAGUUCUAUUUUCCAAAGACAACGGGUAGAUGCUUUGCUUUUAGACCUAAGACAAAAGUUUCCACCCAGAUUUGUUCAGCAAAAGCCUGGAGAAAAGCCUAUCCCAGUGGAUCAAAUCAAGAAGGAACCAGAACCAGCUCCUGAAGCUGUCAAGCCAGAGGAAAAAGAGACUGUAAAGAAUGCUCAGCAGAGUGCUGGCACUAAAGGACCACCUGAAAAACGGAUGAGACUCCAGUGAAGGGAGAAGUUGUUACACUUCUGGAUUAGUCCAGUGCCUGGAAAACAGGAGAUUCUGGCUCCCCUUUCUUUAUAUUUAAGCUCUUCAACUGAGACUGAUUCAGGGACUGAAUUCCCUGUAACAGCUUUUUUUGUAGAAACCUGUCAUACAAAUGUUAACAUUGGGAUAUGAGCUGCCUCAAAGAAGGUGUUAUCAGUCUUCAUCUUAUUUUGAAUGUUGGAUUCUGAAGAUGGACGUAUUUUGCAGCCUCCCGAAAUCUUUACAAACUCUUACAUCCCUUACGUCUUGUUUCCUAUGUAAAAAGAAAAACUGUUAUGUAUAUAAAAAAAAAUAUGAAUUCUUGGCAAAUAAAACUCCUGAGUGCUGGAA